CCUUGAUAAUGGAUCGUGUUGUAGUGUCUGUUUGUGUUGUUCUGGCUUGCUGCAUCCCUGUCAGCCGCACUUGCCCUGUUCAGCCAGGAGUCAGUGUCGAGAGAAUCAGCCAGAUCUUGGACGAGGCUAAACGGCGCAACGGCAGCGGCACCAUGUUUCUGGAAGGGUUUGGCCGCGGCCCAUCCACCAAGAGGUUCCUGGUUGCGGAAUGGCCGCCGAACACUGCGAUCAUGCGAGCGCCAGAAAGUGGCACACUUCUCAUUCUUUGCAACACCAGCCACAACACGAACAACAUGCAGGUGUCUCACAUUGAAAUUCCGCCGGCAUUUACAUACAACGGUAUUCAGGUCGCUGUUCCUACGCUGGGUAUAUUCCGAGAGCCACACGAUGAUGUGAACUACUGUUGCAACUGCAGCAGGAAAUUCAGUCCCGGGGAGAUCGUACCGCGCCGGUGGCUGGUGCCCGAGUACAACCUGGCGUCCGGUGCGUUUUCCAUCGCGUUAGAGAAUUUUUCCUACGUCUAUACCGGUUUGUACGAGUGCCUGCGUUCCAACGGGAGCCAGCUGGUAGUGACACAGCGGUAUUGGGUCAGCGCCACCCUCUUCCGCCACAACGUCUUCCAUCCGCCCAUGAAAAACCUCAGCGUCCGCUACGGCGACCCAGCGGAGAUGGUCUGCGCGGUACGCUUUAAUUUCCUUCCCGGAUACCUCAAAACGCGCUUCCUGUGGCGCCGGGAAAGCUACUUGCUGAUGGCCAAAUCCAUCCAACAGGUGGCCGAUAAGACCCGAGCGUGGUGGGACUUUAAGGGAAUCUUCCAUUUCGGCGUGGUGGAUCAGUGUCGGUGCAACUCGACAAUGCGAAUCGACAGUGUCACCUGGAAAGACGCCGGUCCCUAUGAAUGUUGGUUCCGCAUCAACGAUCGUUUGGACGAGUGGAUCCUUCAGGAAGCCUAUCUGCACGUUAUCUAAGUGCAGAGCCAUUAUGCAGCUGUCGUUUCGGCAACUGGCCACUAUGCGGCUAUCGUUUCGGCAACUGCGUGUA